GAUGAACGGAAGCAGGAAGCAAAAUUGCGAAAGUGUUAUGAUGUUAUGAUUAUGAUGUUAUCAUAAUAUUUUUUGAUCGUUUAUGUGGAAUUGAUAAUGAAGGUUGAUUUUUAAUUUGCUUGCUAUUAAUUUUAUCAGUUUUUGUCCAGGAUAUCAAACGGUACAAAUAACAGCGGGGACCGAACGAGUUCCGUGGAUUCAUUCGAUCGCCUGUCAUAGCUUAGCUUAUAGACUGCAGAGACAGAGAGCCGCACCACACACUGCAGUUUCUCAAACGUGCGAUUCGAUUGUUGGUUAUUUUUUGAAAUCUCUUUAACCGUUUUCUGGACUCUUUGAAAGUGGAGCAUCCUUAAUCCUUACCAUGCAUCCGUUGUGUCGAAGGCUGCUGUAUGCCGAGAAUGGAAUCGUUUCGAUAGCUCGAAGGACCGCGCGGACAUUAUCUAAGCCUCCCCGCAUCACCAGCGUCAAGCAGGUGGUCACUCCGGGUCCGGAAUUCCAAGGGAAUCCGGGAAGACUCUUGGGGACCACGGGAUUCUGCAUUGCGGUUAGUGGCGCCACAUUUGUAGGUUGUGUUAUUUGGAAUUAUGAAAAAGUGCGAAAGAGUUUAAAGGAGAAGAUUGCGGGAUUGCUUCCCUCUUUAUCAUCCAAAAACAACGAAAGUAUUACAGAAAAGAUAAAAUCAUUCUGGAGAGAACAGAACCAUGGGAAAAAGCUGAUUUUAACGAUAAUAACAUUAAACUGCAUCGUGUUUAUGAUGUGGCAAGUGCGGAGUCUGCAGCCGUUCAUGACUAAAUAUUUCCUGUCCGAUCCUAAAGCCCGACAAUUAGGAGUGCCCAUGUUUUUGUCCAUGUUCAGCCAGAUUGCGCCGUUUCAUCUGCUGUGCAAUAUGUAUGUACUCUGGAGCUUCUCCGACGCGGUUAUGCACAUGUUCGGACAGGAGCAGUUCCUUUUCUUCUACAUCUCUGCAGGUUUGUUUAGCGGUCUCUUUAGCCUAACAAACAAGAUGUUCCGCGGCAUACCGCAGCCCUCGUUGGGCGCAUCCGGCGCCAUUAUUGCCGCGCUGGCAGCCGUGUGCACCGCCUUUCCCGACUCCAGACUGUCGAUAAUAUUCCUGCCCAUGUAUACCUUCAGCGCGGACAGUGCCGUGAAGGCCCUCCUUCUUUUUGAAACACUGGGUGUCCUGUUAAAGUGGAGAUUCUUCGAUCACGCUGCUCAUCUGGCUGGCAUUCUUUUCGGAAUAUGGUAUGUGAAGUACGGCCAUAAAAUCACCUGGGCCAAACGGGAAGGCGUGCUGCAGUUGUGGCAUCGUGUUCGUGGAUAAAAUUUGGAGGAAAUCAGAAAACAUAACUCUCGCACAUCGAUGCAGACGAAGAUGGAUAUUAUUGUGAUCAUCCCAUGUCACUUUGGGUGGGUUUUUUGUUAAUCAAGAGGAGCCCGGUUAACCUUGGAGACUGGAAUUACUUGAUUUAUCGAAACUUUACUGCAAUUGUAAUUUCUGAUUUUUGCUCCAGAUGUCUUUUGAGUACGUUCAACGUUGGUUGUUUUCGGAAUUAAUUAAGUAACUGAAAUAAAGUGGUGCUGCAGUCUG